AUGGCUUCUACAUUCGCCUAUCAAGUCUACAGAGGUGCGCUUCUAUUGUCCGCCUUUAUAGGUGUGACUCAGGCACAGCAAGUGGGAACUCUGACUACGGAGACCCAUCCAUCCUUGACCUGGCAACAGUGUGCAAGUGGCGGAACCUGCACCACCAAAACCGGCUCGGUUGUCGUCGAUGCCAAUUGGCGCUGGAUUCAUUCUGUCAGCGGCUCUACGAACUGCUAUACUGGCAAUACCUGGGAUGCAACUCUUUGUCCAGAUGAUGUGACCUGUGCAACCAACUGUGCGCUUGAUGGUGCGGACUACUCGUCCACUUACGGCGUCACCACCAGUGGUAGCGAACUUCGUCUUAAUUUCGUUACCAAUAACUCCAACGGGAAAAACAUUGGGUCUCGUCUGUUUUUGAUGGAGGACGACUCGACUUAUCAGACCUUUGAUCUGCUAAACCAGGAGUUUACCUUCGAUGUUGAUGUUUCGAAUCUGCCAUGUGGACUGAACGGCGCUCUCUACUUCGUUUCCAUGGACGCUGAUGGUGGAAUGGCUAGAUUCCCUGCAAACAAGGCCGGAGCCAAAUACGGCACUGGUUACUGUGACUCACAGUGCCCACGGGAUCUGAAAUUCAUUGACGGUGAGGCCAACUCCGAUGGCUGGGUAGCCUCAACAAACAAUGCCAACACAGGUCUUGGAAACCAUGGGUCCUGCUGCGCAGAGAUGGACAUUUGGGAGGCCAAUUCUGUUUCCAACGCAGUUACUCCUCAUCCUUGCGACACUCCAACCCAGACUGAGUGUACUGGCGAUGCAUGUGGAGGCACAUACAGCACUGAUCGCUAUGCGGGUACUUGUGAUCCUGAUGGAUGCGACUUCAACCCUUACCGCAUGGGUAACAAGACUUUCUUCGGUGAAGGCAUGACUGUUGAUACAUCAUCCGUCUUCACUGUCGUGACUCAGUUCAUUACCGAUGACGGCACUUCUUCUGGUACUCUCAGUGAGAUCAAGAGACUUUACGUUCAGGACGGGGUCGUUAUUUCUCAGUCUGCGUCCACGGUCAGUGGUGUGACUGGCAACAGUAUCACCACCGAUUUCUGCACUGCUCAAAAGGCUGCCUUCGGUGGUGAAGACACUUUCACUCAGCACGGAGGUCUCGCUGGAAUGGGUGCUGCCCUUGCCGAUGGUAUGGUUCUAGUCCUGAGUCUUUGGGAUGAUUACUAUGCCGAUAUGCUUUGGCUUGACAGCAUAUACCCAACAAAUGAUACUUCUACCACCCCCGGCGCUGCCCGUGGUAGCUGUGACAUCUCAUCUGGAGUUCCUGCUACCAUUGAGAGCUCAGACUCAAGUGCUUAUGUCCUCUACUCAAACAUCAAGGUCGGUCCGAUCGGUUCUACCUAUUCGUCGGGUAGCUCCAGCUCUGGCACAACAACCUCUUCCGCAAGUAAGACCACAACUACAAGCAAGACCUCAACUACAAGCAAGACCACAACUUCAACGAGCUCCAGCACUACGGGUGCUGCACACUAUGCUCAAUGCGGCGGAUCUGGAUGGACUGGUGCGACCACAUGUGCCAGCCCUUACACCUGCACUGCACAGAACGCCUACUAUUCUCAGUGCCUAUAG